CACACGGCGGCAGAUACGCUUACCGAGGGUAAUGCUGGAACCCGGUCGUGACCGAGUUAGUGGCAACUUGCAGCUCCCGAUAGCUUUAAAAAGUGAGUGGCCUCCCCGUCUAUAUUGUCACAAACUCUACCUACGUCACCUUGAAAACCCCUCACAGCCGCCAUCAUGUCUCCCGGGAAGGUCUCCACUCUUGACUUUGAGAAGUUCUAUAACAUUGUCGACGGCAAGCAGCGCAGCUCUGACAAGGUUCACCGUGGUAUCAACCCCACAACUGGACAAGAGCUUUGGGAUGUUCCAAUUGCUAGCGAACAGGAUCUGAACGACGCCGUUGCAGCCGCAAAGAAGGCAUUCCCCGCAUGGAGAGACACACCUAUUGAAAAGAGGAAGGAGCUUCUUGGAAAGUUCGCCGAGGCUUUCCAGCAACACAGUGAUGAAUUCACUAACCUCCUCUGCAAAGAGUCGGGCAAGCCGAGAAGGUUUGCCGCCAUUGAAGUGGGAGGCGUUCCUGGAAUCAUCGGCUGGCAUAAUUCGUUAGAGAUCCCAGUAGACAAGCUUGAGGAUGACGAGAAGACUGUCUACACUGAGUAUUCCCCGCUCGGUGUCUGCGGAGCUAUCUGCCCCUGGAAUUUCCCUUUGGUUUUGAGCGCUGGAAAAAUUGCGCCAGCUCUGUUGACUGGAAACUGCAUCAUCGUGAAGCCAUCGCCAUUCACACCCUAUACUGCACUCAAGUUCGCUGAGCUCGCUACAGAGAUCUUCCCUCCUGGUGUCCUCCAGGUCGUCGGUGGCAACAACGAGCUCGGCCAGUCGCUAUGUUUGCACCCUGAUGUUGCGAAAAUCUCCUUCACUGGCUCUACCGCCACCGGCAAAAAGGUCAUGGAGUCUUCCGCAAAGACCCUGAAACGCGUUACCCUCGAGCUCGGCGGCAACGACGCAUCCAUCAUUCUCCCAGAUGUCGAUGUUAAGAAGGUAGCACCCGAGGUCGUCAUGGGUGCAUUCCAAAAUUCUGGUCAGGUCUGCGUAGCUACCAAGCGUAUCUACAUCCACGAGUCCAUCUACAAGGAGUUUCUUCAAGAGAUGGUAAACUUCACCAAGACCGUCAAGGUCGGUAACCCAGACGAUGGUGACAACCUGCUCGGUCCCGUCCAGAACCAGAUGCAGUACGAGCGUGUCAAGGGCUUCUUCGCCGACAGCAAGGCCCAGGGUUAUAAGUUCGCUGCCGGCGAGCCUGACGUUGCCGCAUCAAAAGGCUACUUCAUUCAGCCUACCAUCAUCGACAAUCCGCCCAACGACUCUCGUAUCAUUCAGGAAGAGCCCUUCGGUCCCAUCGUGCCCACCCAGCCGUGGUCAGACCUCGAGGAGGUCAUUGCGCGUGCCAACAACACAAACUCUGGUCUCGGUGCCUGCGUGUGGGGUAAGGAUGUAGAGAAGGCAUCGAAGGUUGCGCGACGACUUGAAGCUGGCUCCGUCUUUGUCAAUUCCUGGGAGAAGCCGACACCUCAAGCCCUCUUUGGUGGCCACAAGGAGUCUGGUAUUGGUGGCGAGUGGGGCAAGACUGGUCUGCUUGCUUACUGCAAUCCCCACGUCAUUCACGUCUACAAGUCGUAGGUGGAGUAGGAGGGAAAUGAAUUAGAAUGAACUGAAAUGAAAUGAAAGCGAUGCUGUAUGUUUAAUCAAUCUGAAAGAAAUUGAACUUUAGAGCCACCUGGAUCAUGGGCUCAUCUUGCGUG